CAAGUGCAAGGACCAUGCAUUCAAUCCUUCCUUGGCAUGACCGAUGAAGAACACUUAAUGUGCACAUCCGCCUUGGUCAACUCGCGCACUCACUCGCCGGAACAUUUCGCACUCCUUUCGCUGCGGCUCAACCGCAGCUUUCGCCGCAAUGGGUCGACUCCCUUCCCUCCCGAAGAUCUACAAUGUCUACUUCGUGGCUUUCGUGGCCACGGUAGGUGGUAUGCUCUUCGGGUUUGACAUCAGCUCCAUGUCCGCCAUCAUCGGAACAAACCAGUACAACGAGUUCUUCGACUAUCCCGCCGGUCUCAAACAAGGCGCCAUCGGAUCUUCUCUCGCGGCGGGCUCGGUCUUUGGCUCGGCGAUCGCUGGUGUGUACUCUGACUGGAUUGGCCGCAGACAAGCUAUCUUCUUCGCGUGUAUCUGGUGGCUUGUUGGCACGGCUGUUCAGACUGCUACGAAUGGUUUUGGGUCUCUUGUUGCGGGACGUGUGUUGAAUGGUGUCACGGUUGGGAUCACGAGCUCGCAGGUUCCGGUGUAUCUUGCAGAGAUUGCGAAGAAGGAGAAGAGAGGUGCUUUGAUUAUUAUUCAACAACUUGCUAUCGAAUGGGGUAUCUUGAUUAUGUACUUCAUCGGUUACGGAUGCAGCUUCAUCCCAGGUCCCGCAUCUUUCCGAAUCGCCUGGGCGAUGCAAUUUAUCCCUUGUGUUCUACUCAUGAUCGGACUACCAUUCCUGCCCGAAUCUCCUCGAUGGUUAGCGAAGAAAGAUCGCGGCGAGGAAGCCAUUGAUAUCCUCGCCAAGAUCCAAGCCAAAGGCAAUCGUGAUGACCCCCUUGUGGUUGCCGAGUGGGAAGAGAUCACCGAGACUCUCGCUGCUGAGCGGAACAGCGUCUACAAAGGCUGGAAGAAGUUCGUCUACAAUGGCAUGUGGAAGCGGACGAUGGCUGGAUUUACUUGUCAGAUGUGGCAGCAGAAUUCCGGAGCUAACGUAAUGACCUAUUACGUCGUUUACAUCUUCCAAAUGGCCAACCUGACCGGCAACAUCAACCUUAUCGCGUCGGGGGUUCAAUACGCCCUCUUCAUCAUUUUCACAACAGUCAUGUUCUUCUACAUCGACAAGACCGGUCGUCGGCCCCUACUCAUCUAUGGUGCCCUUGCUAUGGGUUUCUGCCAUUUCGUUGUGGGCGGCAUCCUCUCGGCCGGAGAAUAUGUUCCUGGCGGCGUCGACGGCAAUCCGAACGUUCUGAUCAAAGUUACUGGAGGCAAGGCCAAUACUGUGAUAGCAUUUUGUUACUUGCUCAUCAUCGUCUAUGCUUUGACUCUAGCACCAGUAUGCUGGGUCUAUGCUGCGGAAGUCUGGUCCUUGGAGACCCGUGCGACUGGAAUGGGCAUUGCUGCGAUUGGUAAUUGGCUGUUCAACUUUGCCCUCGGCCUCUACAUCCCGCCCGGUUUCAUCAACAUCAGAUGGGGAAUGUUCAUCGUCUUCGGGGCAAUGUGCGUGCUCGCCGCGAUUCAGUUCUUCUUCACGUACCCGGAGACAUGUAACAAGACUCUUGAGGAGAUCGAGGAAAUGUUUGCGCCUGGUGCUAUCAAGCCGUGGAAAACGAAACCUGGCCAUUCGAAGCUGGACGCUCUUGUUGCGGAGGUGACGGAGAAGCAUUUGACUAUCAAUGAUGUUACUCGUUCCGAUUCGGUGGAUAGAAAGGAUGCUGCAGUGAAUGUCGAAAAGGUUGGAGGAUCAAACAGCUAGCUGUGCACUUCUCGAGCAUACGUGAUAUUCGUAGGAAUUACCCAAAAGCUUACUGAUCGAUGGC